AUGACAAUGACAAAAAUACUCAUUACCGGUGUGACUGGUUAUAUCGGCGGGUCGAUUCUUUCCUACUUGCAGUCCUCCGCCAAUCAGACUACCAGAGACCUCGAGAUCUCUGUUCUCGUUCGCAAUGACUCUCGAGCGGAAUACUUCUCGUCCAUUGGUCUCAAAGUUCAUACCAUCCAAGACCUCGAUGACUUGGAUGCCAUCAAAGCCGCAGCUUCCGAACACGACGUUGUAAUUCACACUGCUUCCGGAUAUCAUACCGCGAGCGCUAGAGCCCUGAUUCAAGGUCUUGGGAUCCGUAAAAAGCUGAAACAGGAUGCUGAUCUAUACUACAUCCAUACGUCUGGCACGUCAAACCUCGCUGAUCGCCCGAUAAGUCAAACAUAUGCCGAGUCUCGAACUUUUAGCGAUAAAGAUUCAGAUAUUUAUGACUACAUAAAGAAAAGAGAAGUGAUUGAGCCAUAUGCCCAACGCACUACGGAUCUCGUGGUUGUAGAGACAGGAAAAGAAGAGGGCGUGCCUACGACAAUUAUCAUGAGCCCUACAAUCUACGGCGUUGGAUCCGGAAAGUUCAACCGGAUAACCAUCCAGUAUCCGCUGCAAAUGAAAUCAGCAAUAGCGAGUGGACGAGCAGAGUACGUUGGUGACGGCAGAGGCGUAUGGGACUUUGUGCACAUACUCGACCUCGCUCAAUUAUACGAGAUUGUCUUGCUGGAUCGGAUCAAGGGACGAAGAGCCGUUCCGGUUGGAGAGAAGGGAUAUAUUUUCAGCGGUACUGGAACGUUCGCCUGGAAGGACGUCGCGCAGUGGAUUGCCAAAGCCGGCGUACAACUUGGACGCUUGAAUGAUACCGAGACGAAAAGUAUCAGUCUAGAAGAAGCUGCCGACAAAUGGGUUCGUGGGGACAAGCAAUUGUGCGAAUUAGGAUUCGCGAGCAAUGCUAGAUCAAGAGCGGAAAUCGGAAAAGAGUUGGGCUGGAAACCGACGAAAACAAAGGCAGACUGGGAGCGGUCUUUCUUUGAAGAAUUCGAAGAAAUUCUGAAGACAAUUCCCAAAUAA